GUGUGGGUAACUUUACCAGCCUCAGGAACCUGGUUAUUGCUAAGUGCAAUAGGAUUGAAAUUCACAAGAUCACCCCUCAGGGAAUUGAGCUCAUGAGAAAUGUACCUAUCAACGGGCGCAUAGUUUCUCUGCAUCCGUUUCGUCCUCUUGACGGACUGCUGGAUGUUCUGAUCAUCGUAACGGAAAGACACAAAGUUUGUGUCCUUCAAUGGGAUGUGAGCUCAAAUGAGCUGAUUACACGAAAUGCUUCUAUGGAUAUUGACGCUUGUACAUCUAAACAUCCGUGGGCUGAUCAGAUUUGCACAAUUGAUCCGGACUAUAGAGUAAUUGGUGUCUAUAUGGUUACGAGCUGGCAUAAGGUGGCUAAACGGGGCUUAUGUGCUUUUCCACUUGACAACUUUGGGGAGCUUGAGAAACCUUUUGUCCCAAGGAUGUGUAACUUGCUGGUCAAGGACGUCAAAUUUCUUUAUGGGUGUGACGUGCCCACAGUAGCCGUCCUUUGUCAGGACGCCGAAGGUGCUCAUGCCAAAACGUAUUACGUCUCCCAAACUGGUAGUGUUCCUGUUACGGGUCCAUGGACACGUGACAAUAUCGACCAAAGUGCUGGCCUACUGAUUGCUCUACCCACACCCCUCUGUGGCGUCCUUAUAGUUGGAGAAGAACUAAUCGUUUACUGUAGUGCGAACACAUAUAAAGAAAGACCAAAACCAUGUUUCACAGCAAAAUCAUUUGGAAGACUGGAUGGGUUUAGGUUUCUUCUAGGUGAUGAUGAAGGACGGCUUCAUCUGGUUGCUGUCUCACAUGAGAAUCAAAGGGUCACUGAUCUCAGAGUUGAGCUUCUGGGUGAAACAUCAAUUGCUUCGACCAUUUCGUACCUUGGAAAUUCUCUAGUUUUUGUAGGCUCAAGCUGUAGUGACUCUCAGCUGAUAAAAAUAGAUCUUGAUGCACAAGGAUCAAGAAUACAAGUGUUAAAAAAAUUUGUCAACCUGGGGCCUAUUCACGACUUGUGUCUAGUCGACCCCGAGAAACAUGGGCAAAGUCAGGUUGUAACUUGUUCUGGAGGGUCAAAGUAUGGCUCUCUACGCAUAGUUAGCAAAGGGAUCAACGAAAAGGCGUCGUUAGAACUUGAAGGUAUCGCAGGAUUGUGGUCCUUGAAAUCUUCAGUUGAUGAAGCAUUGGACACAUUCUUCGUAGUUAGCUUCAUCGGUGAAACUCGUAUCUUUGCCAUGAAUCGUGUGGAUGAACUGGAAGAAACAGAGAUCAAGGGCUUCUUGUCUGAAGUGCGGACAUUAUUUUGCCAUGAUGCUGUGCACAAUCAAAUUGUACAGGUAUUUGAUAGCUGUUACUUAUGUCUUUUUCAUUAUCCUUUUUUUGUGGAAUAUUAACUCACUUUUGUAUAACUUUCCGAUUUAGUAUUUUAAAUAUACUCCAUUUGCUUUAAUAUCUUAGACAUUUUCCGAUUUAUUGAUUUUAAAUUAUGUAUAACUUUCAAAAGUUUGUAAAUAAAAUAAUUUAAAAAAUUAUAAACAAACAACCCGGGCGUAGCCCGGACAAAUCCCCUAGUACAACUAAUUAUGUAAAACACAUAUUUAUGGAUAAAAAAUGAAAAUAAACAUUUGUAGAGGAUCAAAAUCUCAGUAUAUAUAUAUAUUCUAUUAAAAUCGAAGUACAAAAUAAUACUUACCUAUUUUUAAAUGAUUUCUUACAAUUUUUAACUAAUUUUAGUUAUUUCAAUUAUUGUUUUUAUAAUUAAUUCGACAUUAUUUAUUAUAAGUAUAAAACAUAAAUUUUAUAUUUUAAGUAUUUGAUUACAUUUUCAGUUUUUUCUAACUAUUUUAUUAAUUAUAUUUAUUAUAUAUAAUUCGAUAUCGUCUAUUUACGUGCUAACCUUAAUAAUUUCACAGAUUUGUAUAGAAUUGUUUCAUUCGUGACAAAAUUCAAAUUAGUUAACAAUUUUAUUUUUAAUUUGUUUACGUAAUUAGUUAGAUAUAAAUAUUCAAGUACCCAUUCAAGUACGAAUCGAUUUUUUUUUGGAUAUCAGUUUGAUUUUGGAAAAUUAAACUCUAUUUAUAUAUUCAGGGUCGGCCCUAAACCAUGCUAAGGGAAACAUUUUCUGUAAGCCUUCGAAUUUUUUGAAAAAAUAUAUAUAUACAAGUCUAGAAAACAAAAUUUUAAGCCUCCCAAAUUUUAAAGAAAAAAAAUUUACAUAGACCUUGCUACAAGACUCCAAAAUCUCAGGGCCGAUUCUACCUAUACUACAAAUCUCUGGACAGAGUUUAAGUCGAAUUCUUCUGGAUUGGAGUCGAUUCAUAAGAUUCUAAAAAUAUCCAAAUAAGUAUAUAUUAAAAGUGUUAUUAAGCAAUCUUAUACUAUAAAGAAGAGACUCUCUCCUUCUAAGGAGUGCCACGUCAGAAAUUAGGUUCAUUAGGCGUCGACACGUGUCUAAACACACAUCCAAGCCGCGUUUCAUUUAGAUGUUGUUUCGUGGGUUUUAUUAUUUGUUGGGUCAUCUUAUAUUUAGCUAAAGAGCUCAUUAUCAAAACUAUGAAGCCCAUCAUAAUUAAUAAUCGGUGAUCAUCUGAAACGCUGCAAUCACUUUCUUUUCCAUUUAACUUUCGGUUUACCCUGUCUCCUCAUCUCCUUCUCUUUCUCAGCCUCUGAUAAACGUUCAUCUCUCAACCAUUGCAAUGAGUGAUCCCUUCACAUUAAACUCGCUUUACUAUCAAAGCCUGAAGCAUUGUAUAACCGAAAAACACAUGAAAACCUAUAAAUAUAUGAGGGUUGAGAUUGGAAUAUAUCAUCUAAUACACAGGCUUUGAGAUUCUCUUACGUCUAACCCUAGAUCACUCCUUUGAAAAUUUCUUCCUCAGUUCUUCCGAUGCAAUUGUUUCUCAAUCUGAUACUCCCCCCCACGCCCCCCCCCCCACCGGCCACCAAUUUUUACUUUGACCUGAGAAUUGCUGCCAUCAAAGCUUUCACAACCCAGGAAAACAUGACACUGAUAAAAGCUCUAGCACACAGAAAUAAAAGUUUUGAUCUUAGCGGGGUUGAGUUUCAGAAACUGAGGAUCAACUUAAGGAAUGUGCAGGAAAAGAAUUUGCAACUUGCACAGGCAAACAGUCAUACGUUGGAUGUGUGUUCUCCAUCUUUUUAUUGUUCAGUUUUGAGAUGAUUAAGAGAUUAUUUGAAAUACUAUGGUCAAAGUAUGGCGUCUUCGUCUUUUAUUUUUCCUGGCAGGAGCUCAGUACAAACAGAGACAGGGCAUGCUUUUCUGGAAUUGAAGUCGCUCAAAACGAGGCUUUCCUAUUUCAUUAUAUUGCAGCUUCCAUGACCAACUGACAUUGUGUGUACGUUUUCAGCUCAAGCUGCAAGAAUGUAUUACUCGAAUCCAAGAAAAUGCAUACUGAGGGCAAUAGUGUAUAUCAAAUCCUUCCUUGAUAAAUUCUGAUCUUUAACUCUAUAUUGAGAGGUGCGGCUACAAAGCUCUUCCCACGUGUAGAACUUGUGACACCUGGGGAUUUUCAUACAAACCUCUGCAAGUCAACCGAUCAGAUAACUUUUACUCUAUUAUCUUCUAAAAAAUAUCGUAUCUUUUUUGGUCAAAGAUAUAUUGUAUCAUUUUCAAUUGCCUUUGUGAAGAUCAAGAAGCUAACUUCCUGUUCAGAGCUCAGAUCGUCAGUGGGGUCCAGCAAAAUGGAUGGUCUUAUGUUUUUUGCACCAGUUGCAGCACGAAGUUGGAGAAAUCACUGACUUCACUCCAUUUCAACAAACGUGUGUCACCAAACCGGUUUUAACAGAUUUUGAUAAUUCAUACUUAAUCUCAGCUAUACAAUAUCCAUAUUUGAUUAACAAAUCCAACUUAGCACACUGCAUCUCGGGUAACGUGUCGUGUUUGACACACAAGACGAAACUCACCAAGAUAGAAGCAGCCUCACUGGCUCUUGAGGAGGUUUGCCUCCACAAACACACUCCAUUUAUCUGACGUUUCUGCUACCAUUAUCGCUAUUGUCAUUAACAAGCAAAGCUUAUAUGAACUUGCUGGCAAGCAAUACGUCUUUUAGAUUUUGGUGAUGCCCUACAAUUUUACUACCAACCACCGCACCUUCACAGUGUCUACAUUUACUGAAGAUGUGGCUGUGAAGACUCAUCCAGGGGUUGAAAGCAUCAGCACAGUCCCACAAGCCAGAGUGACAACCACUUGCUUCUGGCAGCCAACCGUGACUGAAUGUUGGAACUGUAUCAGUUAAAUGUUUUGUAUGAAACUAAGUUUACUGAGAUAGGUACAUAAUUCAACACAACCAAAUCCUUAAACAACCAUCACCUUAUAAAUAUUUUAAUUAAUAUCAUAAUAUUUUUUUGGUUCCAA